GAAUGCAGAGAUAAACGGACGCGUUGCGGCACGCAAGAAGCAACUAUAUAAAAUAAUAAAAAACAAAACAACAAUUAACCGUUAAACCGCGAAAGUUUUGAAUAGCAUAAACAAAUUGUUUUCGAGAAUGAUUCAAUUUGAAAUAGAGAUUAAAUUGAAUUGAAUUUUCGCGGCAAAAUGCGAAGGAAUUGAAGGGGAGAAAGCCAGAAGAAGAAUAGCCAGAAGGUGGAGACAAUGUGGCCAAUGAUAACAAAAAUCAUCAUACCAAUGCGGCCACCAAAUCCGCUGAAAGCCAAAACAUUCUCCAAAAAGUGAGAGCAACACAGAAAGACAGACUGGGAGAGUGAUAGAGCGAGAGCGAAGAAGAGAGGGAAGGAGACGGUGCAGGAGCAGGAGAUAGAAAGAAGAAACUCAAGUGCUUGAUCCAAACUAACAACACCAACCCACCAGUCCAGCCGUCUCAUCUCUUUAUCCAUCUAACCAUCCUCAACUCUUACUGUGAAACUACCAAGCACCAAUUCCCAAACUUCAACUCCAGCAGCUCAGCAGAGACACAGAAAGAGACAACUACAGAGUGAGAUAGAGGAGAUGCCGUCGCCAGUGCAUACAUUUUGCUUCUCCUCGGCAGGAUUUAUCGCUUGCUCAGCAAUCGUUCUGCUUUGUAGUUCCGAAGUCCUGUCCAGUUGGGAAGAAUGGUGGACAUACGAUGGUAUAUCCGGACCAAGCUUCUGGGGCCUUAUCAAUCCACAGUGGAAUAUGUGUAAUAAAGGAAGACGGCAAUCGCCAAUCGAUGUGGUGCCCGAUAAAUUGCUAUUCGAUCCAUAUCUGCGACCUCUGCACAUUGAUAAGCAUAAGGUUUCCGGCACACUGCACAAUACAGGUCAAUCACUCGUCUUCCGUGUGGACAAGGACACGAAACAGCAUGUGAAUAUAUCUGGCGGACCGCUAGCAUAUCGCUAUCAAUUUGAGGAGAUUUAUAUACACUAUGGCACGGAGAAUAGUCGUGGCUCGGAACAUUACAUACAGGGCUAUAGUUUUCCUGGUGAGAUACAAAUCUAUGGCUUCAACAAAGAACUCUAUCACAAUAUGUCCGAGGCCCAACACAAGUCCCAGGGCAUUGUGGGUCUAUCGUUGAUGGUGCAAAUUGGUGAGACUCCCAAUCCAGAGUUACGCAUCAUAACAAGCACAUUCAAUAAGGUGCUCUAUCGAGGCUUCUCAACGCCCAUACGUCACAUUUCGGUGAGAUCGCUGUUACCAAAUACAGAUCAUUAUAUCACCUAUGAGGGCUCGACAACACAUCCAGGCUGCUGGGAGAGCACCGUCUGGAUAAUAGUUAAUAAACCCAUCUAUAUCACCAAACAAGAGUUAUAUCAACUCCGACGACUGAUGCAAGGCUCCGAGAGUACACCAAAAGCUCCAUUAGGUAAUAAUGCACGACCCGUGCAAAGUUUACAUCAUAGAACCGUAAGAACGAACAUAGAUUUUAAGCGUAAUAAGAAUCAAAAUGCAUGUCCAUCAAUGUACAAGGAUAUGUACUAUCGUGCGAAUCGCUGGUCACCCGAUACGGGACUUUUGAUACGUUGACAGACAGAAAAUGUAUUGCAAACAAAACUACAAAAGAAACUACAGCAAAUUGAACAGAGCAAAGCAGCAAAGUCCUUUUGAUUUGUUUAAUGCAAACUCAGGAAUCAUUUUAUGGUUUUUUAUUAUCUGCUAAAUAGAAAAAUAAACACUCUUGCCAUAAUUUUUCAUUAGUUUCGAGA